ACAGGUUUGAAAUCGUAGGAGUUUGCUUUGUUGAUUAUGUCACCUUGAAAAUGCUUGUUUUCAUUGUGUUCGCAAAACUUGCCGUCUUCACUUAUGCAGCAAGUGAAUUCUUGGUGUACCCGACUAUUCUGGAAGAGCGGACGACAGCUUCGAAUCUCGUGCUACAGCUCAAUCAGGAUAUUACACUCCACCUGAAAAGAUGUUCUGUAUUGGCCGACGAAGUACUGGUGGCCACAAGCACUGCAGAAGGAAACCAGAUGGAGCUGGUCAAUACAUCGGGUAUUCAAGCAAGUUUGUACCAUGACACACACCACCAGUCUUCCGUGAUCGUACGCGCGAGAGAUGGCGCAGCGCAAGUAGAAGGUAUCAUAAACCACAAGCUGCGGAUAAAGCCUGUUCCAGAAGGCAAACGUUCCUCCCAAGGUGAAAUGCUCCAUAAGAUAUACGAAGUCGAUGUACCGACGAAGAUUCCUAUAAAUAUGGGAAGCGGCAUUACUCGGCGAAACAUUUCCCAAAGAGAAUUGAGCUAUGAUCGCUUUGCUGUAGAGGUUCACGUGAUAUCCGACAGCGUGCACCAAAAAGAUUUUGCAAAAACUGAGGACCUGAUUGCGUAUUUUGCUGUCCUGUUAAAUGGAGUGAACUUAAGGUACGUGGACAUGACGAAGCCAAGAAUAAAGUUCAUGCUGGUCGGAAUAACAAGGAGCUUAGACGACGCUUAUGCCAGUUAUCUUAAGCCUGGUAUUCUCGACAUGGACAAGUCAUUGGAUGGCUUGUUUAAAUUUAACGCAAGAGGCAGAGUUCCUGGGAGACCCGACGUAGUGCAUCUGGUAACAGGCCAAGACAUGGCCCGUUUCGAAAAUGGCGCUCUGGAUAAAGAAUACACAGGACUUGCCUAUGAGGGCCCUCCAUGUACAAAAAGAGCCGUUUCCUUAAGCGAAGAUAUUGCCACUUCAUACAAAGGCGUCUUUAUCAUGGCUCACGAACUGGGACAUGUGAUGGGAUCGCCUCAUGACGAAACAAAUAGAUGCCCUUGGUCCGAAGGAUAUCUCAUGAGCUACGUCGAUGGAGGAGUGAAAAAAUACCGACUUUCUAAGUGCAGUGAAGAGAGGAUACGAGACAAUCUAAAAUACAUGCCUAGGAGAUGUGUAGGAAUACUGUCGCAAACUACCUACAUGCACCGUUAUAACAAGUUUCCGGGCCAGAAAGUGAGCAAGAAGCAUUACUGUCAGAAGCGUUUGAAGAAAUACACAACUGCAAAUGAUAUCUUCUACGAAAAGCCUGAGGAUGCAAGCAAGAAAUGCAAAAUGAACUGUUGCUUUCCAGUACCACCUAACCUGAAAAAUUGCCUUGAGUGUAACAUACUGGACGGAAUGGAGUGCGCUGGAGGAAUGACAUGCAAAAGAGGAGUCUGUGGAGAGCACGCAUGGCCUUGACUAAGCGUACAACUGGUCAUAAUUCAAGUUCACAGAAAAACGAUGGAAUUGCAGUGUGUGUUGAAUUCUUGAUGUCAUGAUAUGGGUAACAAUUUCCACAAGGCAUUGUGUAUGGGGAAUCGCCAGAGAGGAGGAAAUAUUAAAUAAUUGUUCAAUAUUUUCAGCAUCAUUU